AUGGCUGCUGUUGAGCCGAUUGAUAUUACCGUGAAGAAGGAUGGUGGUGUUCUGAAGACAAUCAAAAAGGAAGGAACUGGAACAGCCAAGCCAACUCCUGGAACAACCGUCAAGGUGCAUUAUGUUGGGACGUUGGAAAAUGGCGAAACCUUCGACUCUAGCCGCGACCGAGGAAACGAAUUUGAGUUCCUAUUGGGUCGUGAACAAGUUAUCAAAGGAUGGGAUCUUGGUGUGGCUACAAUGAAAAAAGGUGAGAUAGCGGACUUCAGAAUCCGGUCAGACUAUGGAUAUGGAGAAAGUGGAAGCAUGCCGAAAAUUCCGCCUAAUGCUACUUUGAAUUUUGAGGUGGAGCUCAUCGACUGGCAAGCUGAAGACAUUUCACCAAAUCGUGAUGGAACAAUCACUCGUUCAGUUAUUGUUGAAGGAGAAAAACUGGCUAAUCCAAAUGAAACAAGUCCCGUUGAAGUGCACGCGGUUGGCUCAUUUGAAGGCCGAGUAUUCUAUGACAAGGAAGUCACAUUCAUUCUCGGAGAAGGAUCUGAGGUGGGACUUCCUGAGGGUGUUGACCGAGCUUUGCGCCGUUUCUGUCGUGGAGAAAAAUCUACAAUUCGCCUCAGUGGGACAAGGUUUACUUACGGACCCAAUCCUCCUCCGGAAUAUAAUUUACCUGCAAAUGCCACAAUUGAAUUCACAAUAUUUUUGAAGAGUUAUGAGAAGGUGCCUGCUCUUUGGGAGAUGACGGCGGACAAAAAACUCGAAGAGGCCGCCUUGGCGAAGGAACGUGGAACAGCAUUCCUGAAGCAAAACAAGCUCAAGCUGGCGUAUAACAAAUACAAGCGAAUCGAAGACAUUCUGGAGUUCGAGAAGAGUAUGGAUGUUGAUCAGAAGAGGCAAGAAUAUGUCAUUUGUUUGGUUCUCUAG